AUGGAAAGCAUUAUAUGCUGGGAGAUUUGGAAGGAAAGAUGCAACGCUUUCUUCUCACACUUCCCCCCCGAUCCUGGUAUUGUGCUCAGGAAAGCUACUGCAAGGAUUUUUGAAAUGAAGGGCUUGGCAUCUAUCCCUGACACUACAGAUGCUGUAAAUGUAAGCCCUGCUUACUGGCGGCCCCCGGAGGAAGGAUUUAUCAAAAUUAACGUUGAUGGCGCAUGGCAAAAGACUACGAUGCAUGGAGCUGUGGGGUGUGUAAUCCGUGACAAUCGAGGCAACCUUAUCGGUGGGGCAUCCUCUUUUACUGUUCGUUCCUCUCCUGAGGAAGUGGAGGCUGAAGCUAUCUUGGAAGGUUUGAAUUUGGCCAGGACUAUGCAAUUUCAAUAUAUUGUGGUGGAGAGUGACUCAAAGGUUGUUAUCGAGUCGAUCUCCAAAAAUAAGCUGAUGCUGUGGAGGAUUUAUCCUUUGUUAGCAGAGAUUUGGCGCAGAACUUCCUUCUUUUCAAGGGUGGUCUGGAGCUGGGUCCCAAGGAAAGCCAAUUGUGCUGCCCAUGCAGCGGCGGCUUUAACAAAUUCGAGGGUGAGACAUGUGAAUUGGGCAACUUCGCCCCCUCCCUCUUUGGUUCUGGUGCUCUCCAAAGAUGGACUCCCAUGUCCUCCCCGAUAA